GUAGACACGCGAAAACCCGCCGGCCUACUACAAGUUCCAGCGAUGUCACGCCGCUUCGAGGUGCUCGCGGUGGACCUGGUCGGGCCCCUACCGGAGACACCUUCCGGCAAUAAAUGGAUCCUCAUAGUGGAGGACACCUGUACUAGAUGGGUUGAGUUAUUCGCCCUUUCAUCCGCUACUAGCGAAGAGUGCGCCAAAACACUGGUGAACGAGGUGUAUCUGCGUUAUGGGACGCCCAGAAGGCUCAUCAGUGAAGUUUGUGAGCGAAGUGAUGCAGCAGACGUGCUACGUCAUGGGCAUCAAGCAGGCCCUGACGUCAUUCUACCAUCCGGAGUCCAACCCCGUGGAGCGGAAGAACCGCGACCUUAAACCACAGCUUGCGAUUCUGGUUGGCAAGGAACACGAUUCCUGGGAUAGUCACCUUCCCGCUAUUCGAUUCGCUAUGAACUACGCGUUCACUGCAAGUACGGGGCAGUCCCCCGCUUAUCUUAACUUCGGGCGCGAGAUGCGCGCGCCCGCCGAUGUAUUGUCUGACAUGCGGGCCAUCGUCGAGAACGACAAUGUGGUCUUGUCGAUUACUCCGUUCCUCAGGAAGCUUUCAGCCGUGCUGCUCGAUGCACGGGAUGUGCACGAGAAAGCCCAGGAAGUCCAGAAGAAGUACGCCGAUGAGGGUCGUCGCCCCGCGCCGGACUACAAGGUAGGGGACCUCGUACUGCUUAAGACCCAGGGUCUUAACGAUACGAGCAAAGGGCAGACCCCGAAGUUCAUCCCUCGUCGCGACGGACCGUACCGUAUUCAGGAGGAGAUCGGUAGUACGACAUACGCUUUGGAGCGCAUAAGUGACGGCGUCUCGCUAGGGAGGUAUCACGUUUCGUUGUUGACGCCGUUCGUUGGCCCCAUCCAAGCUCCCAUUCAGGAGAAACGUAAGAGAGGAAGACCUCGCAAGGCUAACCCGGCUUCGGGGACGCAACGCCUGGGUUAGAGGGGGAGGAUGUAAGGCGAAACGAAGUCGAAUAAUCGCGCCACGACCGCGCGAGCUCUAGGACACUCGUGGUAUUCCGCGGCACUUCGUACUCGCUCGGCUCUCCACGCCGCCCGCGCCCCGCGGUCGGCCAGUCGCAGGCUAUCACGCGCCGACUACGCGUCGUUUUCGCGAAUAAUUAAUAUCUUCCGUGUCCCACACCUCUUCUUCUGUGCUGAUGAUUGUUAUUAAGUUAGAACU